UUUGGUGACUGAACACGACAUGGAAGUGCGAUGGCGCGCAUCCGAGUUGCAGGUCUUGCGUCAAGUCCAACUCGUCGUGUGUCUACGAACGAGCACUGAGGCCGCACUAUCCUGGCGGGAAAUCACUAUACAUCAGUGCACUAGAAGAGAGAAUCGCAUUUCUCGAGGCCCGGAUGCCAGAUUAUGCAGAAGAUCACUUUAUCAAGACAUCUUCCGUGCAAUUACCACUGGAACUUGAGACUAAAUGUCCUCGCAGAAACUCGCGAGGCUCACUGUCGGAUGGUGAGCCGUCCUCUCUUGUUGACGGUGUUGCAUACUUGUCGCUAUGCGCAUCUGGCACAACAGACACUGCACCAGAGCCGUUCUACCUAGGAUCAAGCUCCGGCGCAACUAUUGCGCGCAUGCUUCAGUCUUCCAUCUUUCACAGCUCAGGCGGUAAAACUGCGCUUGAUGCUAUGACAACUAAUCAAACUAUUGCAUCAGAUUCGACGAAAUCGCAACGCAAAAUAUCGGUCUCCUCUAGCCCAGAGGAAUGCCAGUCCGAGUUUCCGUGCCCUGAUCAAGCAGGGGUGCUGUUCGACGUCUUCUUCGAUCGGCUUCAUACGCGAUGGCCUAUUCUAGAUCGCAAACUGUACACUAAGUGGUUCCAGAAGCAAUACAAUCACGGAGCCCUGUCUUUACAGCACCGAAGCAUCAUGCACCUGAUAUACGCCAUAUCCGCAAGGUUCCUACAGUUGACGAAGAAGCCAUGUGAAGUUGAUCCCCAGAAACAUCUCGCGGCGGCCCUUGAGCCGAUGGACUACAUCCUGGAACAGCAUAAUCUAGCCACUGUGCAAUUUCUGCUCCUCCUCGCCGUUCAUGGAACUAGAAGCCCCUACGGUGCCGGUGCAUGGUCCCAGGUGCGGUACGCUGUUACUCUCUGCAUAGAGCUAGGUCUACAUCGAAAGCAGUCCAAUACCUCUACUCAUAAUCCACGCGAUCUCGAGAUCCGUAGGCGCGUCUUUUGGUCAUGUUACUGUUUGGACCGUAUGACGAGUGUGGUGCUUGGACGUACAUUCGCCAUCGCCGAUAGAGACAUCAACACCGAGCUUCCUAAUGAAAGCUUGGAGUUCUGGAACUUGACAGCACUGAAGGACCCGUCAAGUACAUCGGACCUUCCCUGGUCAAACACGAAGCCUUUCAUCCACAUAAUCAAGCUUCGGAGAAUACAGUCCAAGAUUCAUCAUCGAGUUUAUCGUGUCGACAAAGACGUCUUUUCAGGUUCCAGGGAAGAUCGAGCAAGACUUGACUCGAAGAUGGGAGAUAUCAGAGCCGAACUCGAUGAAUGGGUGAGAACGGUUCCUCAUCCGCCCAAAGACGCCGGUACAAUAAGCUGGAUGUACGACCCAGAAAGCGCUUAUCAUGACUCAAGAGAUUUCUUCAACCUUCAGUACCACAAGUCGGUCCUGUCGCUCUACACCGUCCUCCUUCCAGCACUUAAUACCUCCGACUCGAGGUUCCUCACUACCGCCCGAUCCGCCGCCUGUGUCUGCACAGCUUACAAGCGCCUCAACCAGCAAAAGACGCUCAGCUACACCAUGAUGGCUUUGCACUCAUGUUUCAUCGCUGGCUUGACGCUCGUAUACUGCAUAUGGAGGGACCACAUUCUCUUCUCGUACGACACGCUUGAAGCCACGCGGGCAUGUUCCCAGUCCCUAACAAUCUUUGGUGAGAAGUUUCGCGGUGCGGUAAAGUACCGCGAUAUUUUUGAUGCUCUCUCGGGGAGCCUAUUCAAGAUAAUUGUUGAUCCGCUCACGGGCCCAGACGACAGAUCAAAGCCUCUCGAUGUUGACUUAGGAGUGGAUUCGAUGGUGUGUCCGGAGAUGGCGCCCGUAAAGCCUUCUGGGCUCAUAGCUAUGGGUCAAGGCAAUGGAGCAGAGGAAACAUCAUCUGUGGCCCAUGCGAUUUCUGAUGCUGUGAAAGAAGCGUUCAUGGAGGUAGACGAGGAAGCGCCGGGUGGGUGGCAGGGCUGGAGAAUGUUCAAUGAGAUGGUACAUCCUGACCAUUCUUCUAGGUCCGGGCAGGUUCAAGAAAGGAAGGAUCAAGCAGGUCAACCAGAUGGUACUUACCUAAGUCCCGGACUGGAGUUGGGCUUCACGGAAGAGCUUGAACAAGGCACAGAUCGAGACGUAAUGGACUCCAAUUGGGACUCUGGCGGGUUCGGAAGUUUAGGCUGAAUGAGAGAGAUUGCUCGAAUCGGAAUGCUACAGCCUGGAAAAGUGAUCGCGCUCGUGCUUGCAAAUUACUGGCUUUCACGAUUGCUUCUUUCUUCGGGGCGCUAACGAGGAGCGGCCUUUUGAGAACACCACAGGUGCUCGUUUCAAACACUCUAUCUACCC